GCUCGGCGGCUCUAGACCGCGGGGCCGGUGCAACUAUGCCGGUCACCGGGAAGACUUUCCGCCGGUGCUGUGCCAACUCGGAGUUAGAGGAAGAUGAGCAGGACUCAGAGGAGGUUCGAUUAAAACUGGAAGAGACCCGAGAGGUGCAGAACUUGAGGAAGAGGCCCAACGGGGUGAGUGCUGUUGCCCUGCUGGUGGGAGAGAAAGUACAAGAAGAGACCACUCUAGUGGAUGAUCCCUUUCAGAUGAAGACAGGCGGGAUGGUGGACAUGAAGAAACUAAAGGAAAGGGGCAAAGAUAAGAUCAGCGAAGAGGAAGACCUCCAUCUGGGGACAUCAUUUUCCGCAGAAAACCGAAGGGACGAGGAUGCCGACAUGAUGAAGUACAUUGAGACAGAGCUGAAGAAGCGGAAAGGGAUCGUGGAACACGAGGAACAGAAAGUCAAGCCAAAGAAUGCAGAGGAUUGCCUUUAUGAGCUGCCGGAAAACAUCCGGGUUUCCUCAGCAAAGAAGACGGAGGAGAUGCUCUCCAACCAGAUGCUGAGCAGCAUCCCCGAGGUGGACCUCGGCAUCGAUGCAAAAAUAAAAAACAUCAUUUCCACAGAGGAUGCCAAGGCCCGUCUGCUGGCUGAGCAGCAGAACAAGAAGAAAGACAGCGAGACCUCGUUCGUGCCCACCAACAUGGCGGUGAACUACGUGCAGCACAACCGCUUUUACCAUGAGGAGCUCAACGCUCCCAUACAGAGAAACAAAGAGGAGCCCAAAGCCCGACCCUUGCGCGUGGGGGACACAGAGAAGCCGGAGCCUGAAGGGUCCCCUCCCAACCGCAAGCGUCCUGCUAAUGAGAAGGCCACGGAUGAUUAUCAUUACGAGAAGUUCAAGAAGAUGAACAGGCGGUACUGAGGGAGGCUAAAUGGGGAGAGUUGCAGCGUGGGAUAUAAAUACUGUUGUCCACUCCCUUUAUCCCCAUGAUAAAAGAUUUCCUGGACAGAAGCCUGCUCAUUGGCUAGCAGAUGGCUCCCAAAACAGACUCUGUCAGUCCUGCUGCUUACCUGUGGGAUUUUCAGGCAUUGAAUUUGUAACCUUUUGAAACAAUGUGUAGUUUUCCUAUUUGGGGGCAAACUAGUCUUGUGAGCAUUAUUAAAUCUUGUUUGUAAAAAAAAA